AUGGCGGAGGAAUAUUCUAGAACAAAAGCACAACGCAACGCAAUAAAAGGACGAAUAACUAGAAUAUAUAAUUUUGUACAACAACAAAAGGAAGGAUUCGAUAUCAACGAAUAUAUUACACGCAACGCGGAACUUGAGAAGUUAAUGGAAAGGUAUGAUGAACUUCAGACAUUAAUUGAGAUGAAGGACGAUGGAAACCAGGAUGGAGACCAGUCAGCUGCAAAUGAAGAGGACCGGAGCGCGGUUGAGACUAGGUAUUAUACAACAAGAGCGGCACUACAAAAAGUUAUUGAUGCCCACCGACUGCCUACAAGCGGAUCAAGCUUUUCAAGUGCCCCAUCAUACGACCGCCACAUCAGUAAUGACGUACUUCUUCCCAAGCUCUCCUUACCAACCUUCGAAAGCAAGAUAUCCGAGUGGCCGACCUUCAAGAACAUCUUCAUGACGACAAUUGGUAGCAGCAACAUGUCACCCGCAAGGAAACUUCAAUUCCUGAAAACGGCGCUUAAAGGAGAGGCAGCUGGUUUAGUAAGCGCAUUGUUUAUUUCUGACGACAAUUUUCAAAAAGCUAUGGACAUAUUGAUUACCAGGUAUGAGAACAAAGUUAUCGUAGUAAACACACAUUUAAAAUCAUUUCUCAAUCACAUAACUAUCACUCGAAAUAAUUUAAAAGAGUUCCUUAACAUCUUACAACAAAGCCUAGAUUCUCUAAAUGCUCUGGAUAUUAACACGGAUAGCUGGGAUGUCCUGUUAGUCUUCUUAAUUACUCAGAAGCUAGACAGUUCAUUACGUACAUCGUGGGAACUGAGCAGAAAGGAUAACAAUCUACCUACACUUAAGGAGCUGUUACAAUUCUUGAAUUUGCGAAUGACGUCAUAUGAUCUUAUUAAUGACAAAGGAAGUGAUAGCAAGCCUCAAACUAGUUCAAAACCUAAGGUAUCGUAUAACGCAUCUGUCAUUACCUGCGAUAGUGUGUGUGUUAUGUGUAAAGGUGAACACUUUCUACAUAAAUGUCCACAGUUCAUGCAAUUGUCUCCGGUGCAACGUAACGAGUAUGUUAAAACUAAUACUCUUUGCUUCAAUUGUUUAAAGCCUUAUAAGUUUAAUCAUAGAUGUUCAAAACAUAAAUGUCUUACUUGUCGUGGCCGACAUCAUACUAUGUUGCAUAUGCAAAGCCGUGCGAUAUUAGUUAACUCAUUAAUUUCUCAAUCUAAUAAUAUUGAACAACCAUCAACGCCUGCACCUGUGCCAAUUUUACCGCCCGCACCUGCAGCACCCACUAUGACAGCGCCCGCGGCCUCCGUGCCCACUGUGCCUGCCCUCAACUGUAACUUAACCCCUCAACUGACGCCGACAUACAGUGACCACGUUGACAACAGACCUCCUGUUGUUCACACAACUCAUACGAGUACUAACAGUAACAUACAUGUACUGUUAUCUACAGCUAUCAUAAGGAUUCAAGAUGCGACUGGACAGUGGCACACUGCUCGAGCCCUCUUGGAUUCCGGCAGCGAGGUAAACCUCAUUACAAGCAGGUUAGCGCUCAAACUUAAGUGUAAACAGGAUAGUACUCUCAAUUCUAUUUUAGGUAUUGGUGCAUCUCACCAACAAUCAAAUGUUUGUAUUAAAACAAACAUUGCAUCACGCACGAGUAAUUUUAUUGCCAAUAUCACAUGCUUAGUUAUGGACAAGAUUACCGUACCUCUACCUCACUUUUACGUCCAUACUGACAAUUGGAACAUACCUAAACUACAAGCUCGCACACUGGCAGAUCCUACUUUUCACACACCUAGUGAGAUUGAUAUACUUAUAGGUUGUCAAUUAUUUUAUUCCAUUAUUACACAAGGUCACAUGACUCUAGGUGUAAAUUUACCACAUUUAAUUAAUUCUGUAUUCGGUUGGAUUAUUUCUGGCACUUUUGUUAUUGAUAAACAAGCAGUCUAUUGUACAUCUAUGAUUCUCGACUCUCAACAAAUUAGUCUACUUUCAAUUGAUAAUAGUUGUGAUAAGAUUUUAUCACGUUUUUGGGAACAGGAAGAGGUUGUUAAUAAUAAGCCAAUAUUUACUCCUGACCAACUCUACUGUGAGCAGUUGUUUCAGGACACGACAACUGUAGAUAAUAGUGGUCGAUACACCGUUAACAUGCCCAUUAAUGAGGGAUUAAUCAGUAAUUUAGGAAACUCAUUUAACACGGCAUACCGUUGUUUAUUACAAUUAGAGGCAAGGUUUCUCAAAGAUCCUAAUUUAUACACAAACUAUAAAAAUUUUAUUAAUGAGUUUUUAGAAUUAGGUCAUGCAGAGGUCAUUCAAGGUGAUUUUAUGUCACAUGGGAAGUACCCAACUUAUUUUUUACCGCAUCACGCAGUGAUAAAGCCUGAUAAUAUUACGACUAAAUUAAGGACUGUUUUUAACGCUAGCGCUAAGAGUUCCACAGGCGUUUCCCUUAACGAUAUUUUGUUUGAAGGUCCUAAUAUCUAUAACGAUGUAUUAGAUAUUAUUCUACGGUACAGAAUGUAUAUGUUUGUAUUUUCAACUGACAUAAUCAAAAUGUUCAGAAAAAUAUUGGUAAACCCUGAUCAACGCUCUUUACUACGAAUUUUAUGGAGGGAUGAUAGAUCCACGCCGCUUGUUUGCUUGCAGCUCAAAACAGUUACAUAUGGUACUAAAUGCGCGCCAUAUUUAGCAUGUCGUACUCUCAAAGAUUUGGCUGAACGAUUUAAGGAUACAUAUCCUCAGGCUGCUCAAUGUAUACAGGAGAACUGUUAUAUGGACGAUAUUAUCUCUGGAGGAGAUGAUAUAGAGUCGGUAAAAAACUUGUGUGAUGAAAUUAUUGCGCUUCUAGGUAACGGUGGUUUUCAAUUGCACAAAUGGUCCUCUAACAAUAAACAGAUUCUUCAGUAUGUAACACGUGACACUGACAUGCCUUCCUACGAUUUUUCACCAGAAUGUUUUGUUAAGACGUUAGGGUUAAAAUGGAGUCCAAUUAAAGAUUGCCUUACAGUUUCUAUUCCUAGUCAAGAAACGACACGUAACACUAAACGAACGGUAUUAUCACGUAUAGCUCAAAUUUUUGACCCUCUUGGAUUGUUAGCUCCAGUCAUCAUUAAUGCUAAGAUAUUAAUGCGUAGUUUGUGGAGCACAGGUUUAGAAUGGGAUAGCCUCUUGCCUUCUGAAAUAGAAAGCAAGUGGAUCGACUUUAUUGAAAAUAUACAGUCCUUAAAUGAAUUGAAAAUCCCACGAUAUUAUUUUUCUGAUAUCCCCUUAGAAAUUAUGCUUUUAGGAUAUGGAGAUGCAUCAUCUCAAGCUUACGGUGCAUGUGUGUACCUUCGUGCUACAUAUUCCAAUAGGAAACCUACGUGCACACUAGUGAUGGCUAAGACUAAAGUAGCCCCCAUUAAAACAUUGACAGUGGCGAGACUAGAGUUCAAUAAUAAAAUAGAAUGGAAUUUUACGGUGCCUUUAGCUAGCCACAUGGGUGGUAUUUACGAAGCAGGCAUCAAAUCUGUAAAAAUUCAAAAGGCAGUUAUGUAA